AUGCGAGUUUCUCAUCUCGGUGCUGCCGUCCUUUUGGCGGCUACAGCAAGCGCCAGUGCGGUCCCUCAGGCCCCUAACAUCGCCAAGGCUUUGCUGAAUGCCAGCCAGCAGUCUUGCAAGGACCCCAUGUACGCCAAUCCUGCGGACUCGGACCCACAAACUCAGUGGACGACAUCGGGAGCCGAUCAGCUUUGGGAGGCACUCGUGUACGAGUUCCAGCAAAACACCCACAAAAAGUACUCGUCUCUAUCGCACUACGUUGCCGAGGCUUUGGGUGAUACCGCCGCAAACUUUGACUGUGCUAUCGGUGCUCUCGACUCCAAUGAUGGGAAGAACGACUGCCUCAACUAUGAAGGGCAAUGUAACCAAGCCAUUGGUCCUGCCGGAUACUUGAUCCUCAAUUCUCUUUCAUCAGUUGCCAACUUCUAUUCCCCAUUUGCCGAGCAGCUGACCCUCGCCGAGGGCAAAGAUUUGACGUCUGUGGAUGACAUUGCCGAGUACUUUGUCAAGUAUAACAAGCCCAAGAUGUCAGCCGAGGAGAUCAUUGGCUUCGUUGCGGACUUUUUGUCGCUGGGUGCGAGCCAGCUUAUCACCAAGGGCGUUGAAUCGGCCAUCGGUCCUAUGACCAAGGCGCUCGGUAAAGGCGGUGCAGCUCCGGACUAUAUUUCAUCCCAGGUCGCUCAAUAUUACAAGAACCAGCUGAACAACUACAAGCAAAUGGGGAAUCAAAUGGCCUUUGAGAUCACCAACAUUGCUGGCGAGUAUAUCAGCGCCGGCAAGAAUUUGGUGGAGGGAGCCACUAGCAUGAUCACAGAAGCAGGCUCAUUCAUGAAGCUGAUGGACUCCAUCUCGGACCAAUGGGCGAAGAACAUUAAUGGUUACAGCAACAAGCUAUUUACCGGAGAGCUGUUCGCCGAUGGCACCACGGCCGACGGGGUCUCCGACUUUGCCACGCUAUCGAACAUGUUGAAAGACGGCAGAUUCAGUCGCGCCGUGAGGCCUCAAAACAUCAUUGCCAAUGCCCAGAAGGCCAUGUAUGCGCAGUUGAUUCCGAUCGCACUUCAACAGAACGACGAUUCGCGCCCAACGCUCAUUGUCCGUCCUUAUGCUUGUGACGACAGCAGCCGAGCCAAGAAAGACGUGCUCUUUGGCGAACUGUUUCACCCCUACGGCUCAAAAGAGUGGAAGAACUGCGCAGUGACGGUCAAGAAAUAUUCCAAGCUGUGCUUCUUCUUUGUGGAUGCCAACAAGAGUGGCGCUGGCGGUCAAGCAUACCGAUUCGAGCGGCCCAAGCAGAAGCUGAGUGUCAUCAACGGCAUGACUCACUCGGAAAUGACUGGCGAUCCGUCCGUCGUUGGCGGUCUUACGUUGGAGGUUAUGGCCCAGAGCAUCCAUGAGGGCUAUCUUCAGAACGGCAAUAAGAAGGACGCCUUCAGGGUUCCGAAGAACGUCAAGCCAAAUGACCCGACCAGCCUGUUCGAUAACGAAUUCACCGCGCCGGGACUGUACAAUGCGUACUUCAACGAGUGCGGCAACUAUAAUCCCAACUCCAACCUUGAGAAGAACAAAGAUAUGGAUGAUCUUGCGGAAAAUAUCGAAAAGGCACGGAAUUGGAGCUUUGCCGACGCGAAGAAGGGAUACCCCUGUAUCCCCGGCGUCAAGAGCCCAUAUUGA